UAACCCAAACCCUAAUGAAGAAAACCCACUUCCCAUAUCUUCAAAGAAUUCUCCUUCUUCAAGUUCUUUCUUCAGUGAUCGUAAUACUUUGCGCUGUUACCUAUACUCUCAACUUAAAUCGCCAACGCAUCUUUCCGAAGCCAAAAGAUUACAUGCUCUUUUGAUUAUCCAUGGGUUCUUGGACUCUUCCAAUACAGAUAAAGCCCUGGGAUCGCAGCUCGUCCAUGUUUAUGUCAGACAUGGCUGUUUUUAUGAAGCACGUCAACUGUUCGAUAAUAUGCCUCAGAAGAGUAAUAUCGCUUGGAAUGCAAUACUUAGAGGGUUCCUUGAUGUGGGUCAGUUCUCGAAAGCAAUCGAGUUCUAUAAGUUGAUGCUUAAUCAAGGGGGAGCUCCUGACAAUUAUACAUACCCGCUGGUUUUGAAGGCUUGUGCUGGGUUGGGUGAUGUGGAAGAAGGGAAGAGAAUUAGAGAUUCGAUUCUAGUGAAUGAGUGUCGCCAAGAUCUAAAGCGCAAUGUAUAUGUUGAGUGCGCUAUGAUAGAUAUGUUUGCCAAGUGUGGUUGUUUAACUGAAGCUCGGAAGGUGUUCGAAGAAAUUCCCAAGAAAGACUUGGCAUGUUGGAGUGCAAUGAUAAGCGGGAGUGUGCAGGGUGGAGAGUGGUCUGAGGCGUUAACUCUGUUUAAGAGGAUGAAAUUUGAAGAGCUAUGGCCUGAUGCAGUUAUUGUGGCAGCUGUUCUUCCAGCAUGUGCUAGAUUGGAAGCUAAGCAAAUAGGAAUGGCCCUUCAUGGCUGUUCUGUAAGGAGUGGUUUUGAGAGGGAUUUGUAUGUUUCCAAUGCUUUGAUGGAUAUGUAUUGUAAAUGUAGUGACACCCAUAAUGCCUACUGUAUCUUCUGGAGGAUGGAGAAUAAGGAUGUUGUUUCUUGGAAUACCUUGAUUGCUGGUUACUCGCAGAAUUGCCAAUACCAUGAGAGUGUUCAACUUUAUCAUAGUAUGAUCAGUGCAGAUGUAAGACCUGAUGCCACUGUUGCCGCUAGUGUUCUUACAGGAUUAGCUAAGCUCAGAAUGUUGAAGCAGGGAAAGGAGAUGCACAAUUAUAUCCUGAAACAAGGAUUUGAGUCUGAUGUUGUUCUGGGUAGUGCACUGAUUGAUAUGUAUGCUAGCUGUGGGUCGAUGAGAGAAGCAGAGCACAUUUUUGGGAUCAUGUUAUACAUGGAUAUCAUGAUAUGGAAUUCAAUGAUUGUAGGAUUUUCUUUGAACAAUGAAGUUGACCCGGCAUUUUGGAUCUUUCAGAAAAUUUGGGAUUUUAAUCUCACACCAAAUUCCAUAACCUUGUUGAGCAUUCUUCCCAUCUGCACCAGAAUUGGAACACUCAGACAUGGCAAAGAAAUUCAUGGCUUCACCAUUAGAAGCAGUCUGGGAAUGGCAGUCUCUAUUGGAAAUUCACUGAUAGAUAUGUACUGCAAAUGUGGUUAUCUUGAACUUGGGAUAAAUGUUUUUAAUCAAAUGACGGAAAAGAAUAUUGUCACAUAUAACACAAUAAUUUCUGCUCAUGGGAUUUAUGGACUUGGUGAACGUGUUUUUUCAUUCUUUGAGCAAAUGGAGGAGGAAAGAAUUAGACCGAAUAAAGUCACAUUUAUUGCUCUCUUGACUGCUUGCAGUCAUGCAGGUCUAGUUGACAGAGGUUGGUCCUUAUAUAAUUCCAUGAUAUAUGAUUACCACAUUCAGCCAGACAUGGAACACUACUCUUGUAUCGUGGAUCUUCUUGGUAGAGCAGGACAAGUUGAUGACGCAUAUGAUAUUGUCAGAAGGAUGCCAGUGGAACCAGAGAUUAAUGUUUGGGGAAGCUUACUUGCUGCUUGCGGGGUUCAUAAUAAGGUUGAGUUGGCUGAACUUGUAGAGAAGCAUAUCUUAAAGCAAAACCAGAAGGAUACAGGCCAUUAUGUUCUGUUGUCUAAUGUUUAUGCUUCCACUGGGAGAUGGAGGGAUGCACUAAAGAUCAGAAAAAUGAUAAAGGAGAAGGACCUAGCAAGGAAACCUGGAAGUAGCUGGAUUCAACUAGGUUAGAGCAUUCACAUGUUACAUACUAGAUGUUAAAGUUGGAUAAGAUUCAAGAGGUUUUGGACAGCUUGCUAUAAUGAGGGGCGAACGAUAUCUACAGAUUCAGGUUUCUUAUCAGAUGAUCUUAAGUUUCGUGUUGACAGGCUAAUAUGUUGAUGUUAGCCAAAAAUCUUCAUAAUUCAAUUGGCACCAGAACAUCAGAUGCAUGGAGCAUCAACCUUGUAGUCUCUGAGGUGAAUAAUCUACACCUGAGAAGGAUUUUCUAAAACAUGAACUAAACCAAGGUGAUGGGUUCAGUCAAUUCAAUUUUUUAAUUUUACUCUGUCAGUGAAUCAGUGUUAUGUUCCAUUGAUGGUUAGAGACUACAGAUUUUACCCUG